AUGGUGAGUCCAUUUAUGACCGAUGUAGAAGAAUCUGACUCCGGGUCCAAUGAGUACCCGGAGUUUGCCAGUGUUACGACCACUCCAAGUGAGAACGAGUACGGAGAUAAUGGUGGCGAUUUGUACCAGGUUGUUAACCAGGAUGAUCUAGAACAUGACAUCAGCAAGAAGGCGGAUCGAAUGCUUUUGACAAAAGACCGGGAACAAGAUGAGAAACGGUAUGAGAAGACACAGAAACAGUACGACAAAUGGGCAAAUCAUGUGAGCGAAUUGAAGCGACUGUUAGAACAAAAGUUAGGGUCUCGACUGCUUAAAUUGAGUGAACGGAAAAAGAUUACCCAGGAUAUUCGAUGGUAUGAGGAGAAUGAACUUUUGCCAUUGAUUGAAGACUUGAAACAGAUUAAAACUCGUUUGGAUGAAACCAACCGGGCUCUAUCGGGUGAAGGACAGGGUGCAAAUGACGGAGACGAUAGACUUCCCGGAGAAACAGAAAGAGAUUAUUUGAUUAGAAAGGGGAAGAUUACUGCUUUUGGGAAUAGUACUGGAUUCCAUCAGGAAGAUGUGCUUGAAUCUGCUGUUGAAAGGAAAAGUCAUACCAAACUUGUAGAGCCAGGGUUUGCUCUGACUUAUUUAGGAACAUCUCACCAGCAGCAGCAGAAACAGCAAAAACAGCAAAAACAAGUGGAGACUGAUGAACGGAUUAAAAUUGAAAAUGAAUCAGUUGAAGAUGAAUCAGUCGAAGAUGAAGAGUCUGUUAGUGACGAGGGUAAGGUUGAUCUGGGAUCUGAUUAUGAUCCACCAGACAGUGAUUAUGAACCAGAUGAAGCAUAUGUGAGUACUGUGGAGGAAACAGAUGAUAUUGAAGUUUCAGAACGCAUGGAUUUGGACGCAGCUGCCGUCUCCAAAUCCAUAGAAGAAGAAUCCAAAAUUGAUGACGGGGACGAAAAUAUCUACCAAGCUCGGUUGAAAAAAUGGUGUGAAUGGAGAUCGUCUUUAUCUGGAGCAGCGAAUAGAGAUUCCAGUCCUGAUGAGGCGGAAUGGUUUAAGCCAAAUCCUAAAACUCCUGAUGCUGUGUUAAACAAUCAGUUCCGGAUUCCGGGCGAUAUCUAUCCUUCCUUAUUUGAUUAUCAGAAAACAUGCGUACAAUGGCUAUGGGAAUUGUAUCAGCAAAAGACUGGAGGAAUAAUUGGUGAUGAAAUGGGGUUAGGGAAAACUGUACAAAUUAUUUCUUUUAUCACAGGUUUGCAUUAUUCUGGGCUUUUAGAUAAGCCAGUGUUGGUUGUGGUACCUGCAACCGUUAUGAACCAAUGGGUUAAAGAGUUUCAUAGAUGGUGGCCUCCCUUGAGAUGUUGUAUUUUGCACAGUAUCGGUAGUGGUAUGGCUAACAAGAAAGUAGAUGAAGCUAAGUUGGAGAUGAUAUUGGAAAUGGAAGAUGAAGAUGACCCAGCCUCUAAGAAGGCUUUCAACGCCAUAAAAUCAAAAAUGAAUGCUCAAAGAAUUGUCGAUAAUGUCAUGGAGAACGGGCAUGUAUUAAUUACAACUUACGUGGGUUUAAGGAUUUAUUCUGACCAGAUUCUUUCUCGUGAUUGGGGUUACGUUGUUUUGGAUGAGGGCCACAAGAUCCGUAAUCCUAAUCUGGCUAUCACCAUUUGUUGCAAGCAGAUCAAAACAUAUAAUAGAAUUAUUCUUUCGGGUACACCAAUUCAGAAUAAUUUAGUUGAAUUAUGGUCAUUAUUUGAUUUUGUCUUCCCCGGUCGAUUAGGUACUUUACCUGUUUUUGAACAGCAAUUUGCUGUACCUAUAAAUAUGGGGGGUUAUGCCAAUGCAAGUAAUGUUCAGGUACAAACUGGUUAUAAAUGUGCUGUUAUUUUGAGAGAUUUGAUUUCUCCAUAUUUAUUAAGACGAUUGAAAAAGGAUGUUGCUAAGGACUUGCCCAAGAAAGAAGAAAUGGUUCUUUUCAUUAAACUAACAAAACUACAACAAGAAAUGUAUGAGCUGUUCCUUGCUUCUGAAGAGUUACAAGCUAUUUAUAAAGGUAGACGGAAUGUCUUAAUGGGGGUUGAUAUUUUAAGAAAGAUUUGCAACCAUCCUGAUUUGGUUAAUCGAGAUAUCCAUAGGAAAGGUUAUGGGUACUACAAGAAGUCCGGGAAGAUGGUAGUUCUCAAGGAUUUACUCUCGUUAUGGAGAACUCAGGGGCAUAAAAUAUUAUUAUUUUGUCAAACAAAACAAAUGCUAGAUAUUUUAGAGAAGUUCAUUGUUGAUAGUGUGAUAUUUGAUCCAGCAAUGGUUUAUUUACGAAUGGAUGGUUCAACUCCAAUUGCUAAAAGGCAGCAAUUAGUUGAUCAAUUUAACAGUACUCCCUCAAUAACUCUUUUCCUCUUAACUACUAAAGUGGGAGGACUUGGUGUUAAUUUGACUGGUGCUGAUAGAGUUAUUAUUUAUGAUCCCGAUUGGAACCCCUCGACUGAUAUUCAGGCUAGGGAAAGAGCUUGGAGACUAGGUCAAACUAAAGAUAUAACGAUUUAUCGUUUUAUGGCUACUGGAUCAAUUGAAGAAAAGAUUUAUCACCGUCAAAUCUUCAAAACCUUUUUAACGAAUAAGAUUUUAAAAGAUCCCAAACAAAAGAGGUUUUUUAAAUUGAAUGAUUUACAUGAUUUAUUUACUCUUGGUGAUCAGUGUGAAAGGGGAACUGAGACUGGUGAUUUAUUUUUGAAUAAAAGUAAAGAAGUGCAAUAUGACAAGAAUGCCACUAAGAGUCGGAAAUCCAAUCGACUAUUCGGAAUUGAAAAUAGUCAAACAAUUGACUCCAAUAAAGAUGAUUUUGAAGAAGUUGCAAAAAUAGGUGGUGUUAGUAGCCUUUAUGAAUAUGAGGGUGAGCCAGAUAAAGCCAAAGGCAGUGAAGGGAAUGAAGAUAAUCGUAUAAUGCAAGGUAUAUUCCGUCAGAAUGGGGUACAUUCUAGUAUUAAGCACGAUGAUAUUGUUGACUCGACGAUACAGAAUCAAGAGUUAUCAUUAGUGGAACGAGAAGCAAAUAAAAUAGCUACUCUGGCUGCUGAUGCUCUCAAACGUUCCAGAAGGUUAACACGACGUAAUGUUGAGAUUGGAACACCAACUUGGACUGGACGGUUUGGUAAAGCUGGGAAAAUCACCAAAAAGAGUCUUAGUAAGAACAAAUCAAGCAACGACAAUAAGUUAUCAUCACAGCUGAUUCUUGCAGGAUUGAAGGAAAGAUCUCAGAAUACCAAAGUACUGAAUCUGAGAUCGUCUACAUUAAAUGGCGAACCUUCUGCAUUGGAGGAUAAGGAAAAGCUUAUAGGACGGAUUGUGGACUAUAUGAAAGGAUUAGAAGGUAAUUUCAGUAAAUCACAGGGCAUUAUAAACGGGUUGCAAAUACACUUAAAAGAUGAUCAGGAGAUAAUGGUAAUGAGGGCUUUACUUCGGCAAGUAUCGAACUGGGAUAUCAAUCGGAAAGGGUGGGUUUUAAAGUCGGAAUUUGUUUGA